AUGCUGACUUCUUUGGAUCUCUCUUAUAAUAAUUUAUCAGGUAACAUUCCUAGUAGCAUUGGUGGUUGCACUAGCCUUGUAUUCUUAUCUCUCAAAGGCAACCUUUUUCAAGGCAGGGUACCAUCGUCAUUGAGUUCCAUGAGAGGCGUUUCGGGAAAAAUUCCUCAAUUCUCAGAACGGUUCUCAUUUGAAUAUGUAGACCUAUCCUUUAAUGAUUUUGAUGGUGAAGUACCGGUGCUAGGAGUGUUUGCCAAUGCAAGUGCAUUCUCUGUUUUGGGAAAUAGGAGGCUUUGUGGUGGCUUGCCUGAACUUGGGUUGCCCAAAUGCAAGGAGACACAUGAUAAACAUAAAAAAAGGUUUCCUUUGUUCGCCGUACUCAUUCUAACUGCAUCCACACAUUUCACCAUAUUAUGUUUUGCAUAUGUUUGGUGUAAGAAAAGGAAGAGUCAACCAUCUCAAUCAUCGAGGGACGAACGGUUCAUGAAAGUAUCAUAUGGUCAACUUCUAAAGGCUACCAAUGGCUUCUCCCAAGCCAAUUUGAUUGGCGAGGGUGGGUUCGGCUCUGUUUAUAAAGGAGUCCUUAAUGAUCAUGAUGAUAGAUGUGUUGUUGUCAAAGUUAUACAUCUUCAAAAGCGGGGUGCUCACAAAAGCUUUAUAGCGGAGUGUGAAGCAUUAAGGAGUAUUCGACACCGGAAUCUGUUGAAGAUAAUAACUUCAUGUUCAAGUGUUGACUACCAUGGAAAUGACUUCAAAGCUCUGGUAUACGAGUUCAUGCCCAAUGGGAGUUUACAUGAUUGGUUGCAUUCAAGUGCAAAUACAUCCAGACUGAAUCUUUUCCAGAGAAUAAAUAUUCUCAUUGAUGUCGCAUCUGCACUUGAUUAUCUUCACAAUCACUGCCAGCCAUCCAUCCUUCACUGUGACCUGAAGCCUAGCAACAUUCUACUUGAUGAUGAUAUGGUGGCCCAUGUUGGAGACUUUGGUUUAGCUCGAUUCCUUGGAACAAAUUCAAACCAAAACAGCACAAGUGGCAUUAGAGGAACAAUUGGAUAUGCACCUCCAAAGUAUGGUGUUGGGAGUGAGAUGACAAGUAGUGGGGAUGUCUACGGUUUUGGAAUACUAUUGUUGGAGGUGAUGACAGGGAAGAGGCCAACAGACAACAUCUUUAACGAAGGCCUUACCCUUCAUAAAUUUGCAUACAUGGCCUUGCCAAACCAUGUAACCGAUGUUAUUGAUGAUGAUCUUCUGAAAUUUCUUCAAGAGGAUGCUAUUCCUAUUAUAGCAGAUGUAAAGAAAAUAGAGGAAUGCCUGGCUUCAACUGUCAAACUUGGAGUAUCAUGCUCUGUGGAUUCCCCAACGCAACGGAUGAAUAUCGGAAAUGUUGUCCAUGAGUUGGGAUACACUUCAAAAUAG